AGGUGACUGUGUGUGGAUGGAUGUAGAUCUGGCUAUUUCGGCAGAGACUGUGAGCCGUGUGACCGCUGCAAGAACCAAACCUGUGGCCCAUACAAACGGUACCUGUGUGGAAGGAUGUAGACCUGGGUAUUUUGGGGACCUUUGUAAUAAUAGCUGUGAGGUUUGCCGUGACGGGAUCUGUGAUCAGAAGACCGGCGCGUGUAUCAACGGAUGUGACGUCAGUGAAGGUGCAUGUGAACGUUCCUGUACCAGCAACUGCUCCAUGGACUAUUGUCUUAAUGCGCCGACAUGUGAUGCAGAUUCCAAGGUGAAUGUUAUCAACAUCGGACUCCCAACAGGUUGUGUUGCGUUCCUUCUGGCUCUCCUGGUGUCACACUACAUCUGCUACAGGAAGGGUCAUGCUGCAAGAAGGCAGAUCACUGCAGCUGACGAGGAACAGGCUGCAGCUGACGAGGAACAGGCUGCAGCUGACGAGGAACAGGCUGCAGCUGACGAGGAACAGGCUCCUUCUGACGACUACCAGUUCUACUGUGAAAUAGAAGUGAACAUGGGCGUCAACCCGCAGAUACAACCUGUCAGCCAUAGCCACCUUGAAGAAGAGCUGAAUCUCGACAUGCCGGUCAUAGCGGAUGUGUUCCCAGCAGCUCCGGCCAUUGUACACAGAGAUGGUGAUACGUCACCAGAGAGUCCAGCCUCAUCAACGUCCCGAUCGUACACCCACCUGAUCCCUGACGUCGUCACUGAUGACCUGACACCAGGGGAUGCUUACCUGUCCCCAGUGGAAGACGUGGUCCUACCGCCAGAAUGACCUGACACCAGGACGGACCCGGAGGGCACGCCAUCUAUACGGCAAACUACAUCACGGAACUCUCAACAUAUCUACAGCGACAUUAAAGAAGAAGACAUGGGCCAAGUCAUAGUGUUUCUGUAGUUGACGGCCAAGAUAUCAAUAGAACACAUGACUUGCUGACCAUGCAUUGUUUACAGACGAUAUGAAAACUAUUGAGUUUAUGUUGUAACCCUGACACAAACAUUUUAAUGACCACCUCAGUCAGUGGGGUGGCUACCUUACAGUAGUGGAAUUGUGGAAUAAACUUUGUCUGUGAAGGAAAACCAAACGCAGUGGCCGUCAAACCCACGUGUACGGCAGAUCAAGGAAUACGGUGUGGAUACAAUAGUGAGAGUCUCAACAAGGACUGGCAGUUCCUGAAUGGUUAAGGAACCGAAUUAUGUUCUGUGAAUAGCGGUACAUAAACCACGAUAUCACGAUACGAUUCUAAAAUAGAUUUGUAAGUUUAGUAAUAUUUCAAGUUGACGAUAAGAUUAUUUUUGCGGAAAACUCUGAACCGGGUCCUCUACCAUUAUUUGAAGGAAGACGAAUGGCCACAUGACUCAAAACCGGAGCGUAUUAUGAUUCAAGAUCCAAGGCCAUGGAUUUUGGGGAAACCAAGGGACACGUAGAUUCGUAAAACGAUACGGCGAUAGUUAGUCACUCUUGCCUGCAACACAUUUGAUACUUAUACAUUGAAUACUUCGCAUUGUAAAUACUUAUAUUUUGAUGUUACACUGAAUGUUGUUUUAAUAAAUUUCAUAAUCGAUAUUGCUA